CUUCCAAAUCCUCUCUCUCUCUCUUCAGAGGCUACUGUUUUUUUUUGGUUUCUUCUCUCCAUGGCAGAUGCAGAGUAUAUGAAAUACAAAGAUCCUAAACAGCCAAUUAAUACUCGAAUCAAGGACCUGAUGAACCGGAUGACUUUGGAAGAAAAGAUUGGCCAAAUGACUCAGAUAGACCGCACUGUGGCAUCAAAUGAGGUCAUGAAGAAGUAUUACAUUGGGAGUGUAUUGAGUGGUGGAGGCAGUGUCCCGGCUAAACAAGCAUCUGCUGAGACCUGGAUCAAUAUGGUGAAUGAUUUCCAAAAGGGUUCAUUAUCCACCCGUCUUGGGAUACCGAUGAUUUAUGGGAUUGAUGCUGUUCAUGGUCACAACAAUGUGUACAAGGCUACAAUUUUUCCUCACAAUGUUGGUCUUGGAGCUACAAGGGACCCUGUACUGGUCAAAAAGAUUGGAGUUGCAACUGCUCUUGAAGUUAGAGCUACUGGCAUUCCUUAUGUUUUUGCACCUUGUAUCGCGGUAUGUAGAGAUCCAAGAUGGGGUCGGUGUUAUGAAAGUUACAGUGAAGAUCAUAAGAUUGUUCAAGCAAUGACUGAGCUCAUACCAGGAUUACAAGGAGACAUCCCUUCUAAUUCUCCAAAGGGUGUUCCCUUUGUUGCUGGAAAACAAAAGGUUGCAGCUUGUGCCAAGCAUUUUUUGGGCGAUGGUGGAACCACUGAAGGUAUCAAUGAGAACAAUACUGUAAUAAGCAGACAUGGAUUGCUCAGCAUCCAUAUGCCAGCCUACUACAACUCGAUCAUCCAGGGUGUGGCAACCGUCAUGAUCUCAUACUCAAGCUGGAAUGGAGUAAAAAUGCAUGCUAAUCGUGAUCUUAUUACUGGCUACCUCAAAAACACUAUGCGUUUCAGAGGUUUUGUCAUCUCAGACUGGGAGGGUAUUGACAGGAUCACUUCUCCACCACAUGCUAACUACACAUAUUCCAUUCUAACUGGUAUCACUGCUGGCAUUGACAUGAUCAUGGUACCAUCCAACUACACAGAAUUUAUUGAUGGUCUAACCUCUCUGGUGAAGAAUAACUUCAUUCCCAUGAGCCGAAUUGAUGAUGCAGUGAAAAGGAUUUUACGAGUAAAGUUCGUUAUGGGUCUAUUUGAAAACCCACUGGCUGAUUAUAGCAUGACCAAGUACCUAGGAGCUCAGGAGCAUAGAGAAUUGGCAAGGGAAGCAGUGAGAAAAUCUCUUGUGCUGCUGAAGAAUGAUGAAUCUGCAGACAACCCAUUGUUACCACUUCCCAAGAAAGCAUCAAAAAUACUGGUUGCAGGAAGUCAUGCAGACAAUAUUGGUAAUCAGUGUGGUGGGUGGACAAUUGAGUGGCAAGGACUCAGUGGCAACAUCACUGCUGGUACAACAAUCCUCACUGCCAUAAAAAACACUGUUGACCCAAAAACAGAAGUUGUGUACAUAGAAAAGCCUGAUGCUGCAUAUGUCAAGUCAGAGAAGUUCUCCUACGCCAUUGUUGUAGUGGGAGAGCCACCAUACGCAGAGACAUUCGGGGACAGCUUGAAUUUGACCAUUCCUGAACCUGGCCCUAGCACAAUUAAAAAUGUCUGUGGUGCUAUAAGAUGUGUUGUUGUCCUCAUCACUGGCCGUCCUGUCAUGAUUCAACCAUAUGUUGACACAAUUACUGCCCUUGUAGCUGCUUGGCUUCCAGGAACUGAAGGCCAAGGUGUUGCUGAUGUUUUGUUUGGUGACUAUGGUUUCACAGGCAAGCUUUCUCAUACGUGGUUCAAGACUGUUGAUCAGCUACCGAUGAAUGUGGGAGAUAAACACUAUGACCCUCUGUAUCCCUUUGGAUUUGGACUCACCACCAAACCUACCAAGGUCACAUAGAAGUACUAAUUGGUUGAGUUCUUGAUUGUUUGAACCAAUUCAUUGUUUCACAUUUGUUAGGAAUACAAGGACUCCCAUCUACGGGGAUUUUGAUUUUGUGAUUACAAAUUACAAGAAGAAUAAAAGGCUUUAAAGCUUUGACAUGUUUGAG